AUGUUUCAAAUCGGGGGCCUCGUUGUCUUCUGUGGGCUGCUGGCCCAGGCCACCGCCCAGCUUGCAGGCCUGCCCGUGCCGCUGGACCAGACUCUGCCCUUGGCUGUGAAUCCAGCCCUGCCCUCGAAUCCCACGGAUCUUGCUGGAAGCAUGAUAGGUGCUCUCAGCAAUGGCCUGCUGUCUGGGGGUCUGUUGGGCACUCUGGAAAACCUCCCGCUCUUGGACAUCCUGAAGACUGGAGGAGGCACUUCCGGGGGCCUGGUUGGAGGCCUGCUUGGGAAACUGACUUCCUCAAUCCCCAUCCUGAACAACAUCCUCUACAUAAAGGUCACUAAUCCUCAGUUGUUGGAACUCGGGCUUGUGCAGAGCACUGACGGCCAUCGGCUCUAUGUCACCAUCCCGCUGGGCAUGAUACUGAAAGUGAACACGCCCCUGGUGGGAAGUCUGCUGGAGCUGGACGUGAAGCUGAACAUCACCGCAGAUCUCACGUUUGUGAAAGACCGUCAGGGGAGGUUCCACCUGGUUCUUGGUGACUGCACCCACUCCCCUGGCAGCCUGCAGAUCUCCCUGCUUAAUGGAGUUGCUUCCCUCCCCGUUCAAGACCUGGUGGACACUCUCACAGGGAUCUUGGAUAAAGUCCUUCCUGAGCUGGUGCAGGGCAAGGUGUGCCCUCUGGUCAAUGACGUUCUCAAACACAUGGAUGUCACCCUGGUGCAUGACAUUGUUGACAAGCUGAUCCAUGGACUGGAAUUUGACUUGAGAGUCUAGGCCUUAUAGGAAGGAACCUGCUCUCUGCUCUGCUG